GCAUUCUGGUCUUAGCCCCCGCGCCACCACGUAAAAGGCGGUAAAAUCUCACAAUCUAUUCCCUUACAAAAUCUAAGAGGUUUCCAGCAAACCGUUUACAGGAUGUUUUGAUGACCAAUUCUGUGUUACAAAAUAAAACCCUCUUAUUCUUAGUAGCAUGAAACUUGGAACUGCAAGGACUUCUUCGUUUUUACUCCAUUUCCAUCAGUUUUUGCGGCCAUGUUCUUCAGUCCCCUCAAUAACUCCAGCACAAACGCUUCAAGAAAGCAUUAAAGCUGCAGUUGAGUCAAAGUCGUAUAAAAAACUUCCAGAUUUGUUUCCUUCUUUACAAGAAGCUUGCCAAAACCCCAAUCCUUUCUCGUUUCUCUCUACUUUUCCUGUCAACUUCAGAACACAAGUUGUGGAUGAGAUACUGCAGUCUUUAAUCCCUCUCAGACCUCGCUCAAGGCCACAGUUUGUCCAUGCCUCUCUGCUUUUCUAUACUCUUCAAAGCCCUUCACCCCUUCCCCUCUCUCUUCCAGUUCUCCAGCGGAUUCUCCACUCUGGUUGUUUUCCUGUCCCUCAGACCCACCUUCUCCUCUCUUCUGCAUGGCUAAAACAACGUCGUCAGUCUAAGUCUGUUGCUAGCAUCUUGUUGGACAUGCGGUCAAUUGGAUAUGAGCCUGAUAGCAGCAUAUGUAAUUAUCUUAUAUCCUCUCUUUGUGCCAUUGAUGAGUUAGCUGAGGCAUUUCAAGUCUUGAAGGGUAUGGGGGGAGCAGGAUGCGUCCCUGACUUGGAGAGUUAUGGCACUUUAAUUAGUUCAUCAACAGCAGUUAGACGGACAGCUGAGGCAGUGGAACUGCUGAAAGAAAUGGUUGUAAAAGUUAAGUUGACACCAAGACGAGGAACGGUCAUUAACGUUGUGGCUGCAUUACGAGCAAACCGAGAGAUAAGGAGAGCAGUUGAGAUCAUUGAGCUGUUGGAGAAGGAGAGUUACAAUGUUGGAUUUGAGAGUUAUGAGAUUCUUGUUGAAGGUUGUCUGGAGUGUCGUGAGUAUAUUUUAGCAGGAAAGGUGGUCAUGGGGAUGACAGAGAAAGGGUAUAUACCAUAUAUCAGGGUCAGGCAUAAGGUUGUUGAGGGGCUGGCUGGUAUUGGAGAGACGGAACUGGCAUCUGCUGUGAGACGCAGGUUUGCUGAGUUGAGGUCUUAGUGAGUCCAGUUUUUUUCAUGAACUGAAAUGCUUUGUACAUGAAGAGCCACCAUUGCAUCCCUGGGUCCCCGAGAUGACAUCACGGUCGACAAGCUCUUGUUCUGAUUGCCAAUGCC